AUGGCGGAUCGCACACAUGUUAAUGGUACAUCCAACGGCCUCCCUAACGGCGUUCACAAUGAAACUAUCAAUGGUGCUGCCGACGGGCUGGCCAACGGUGUAGAGGAACCCAGCAAGCGCGGUUUCAUCGGCGCCAUUGACCAAGGCACAACCUCUACUCGCUUCAUCAUCUUUGAGGUUGCCACUGGUGAGCCUGUAGCGAAACACCAGCUUGAGAUCGAGAACCAUCACCCGCACCCUGGGUGGCAUGAACAUGAUCCCAAAGAAUUGCUCCACAGCGUCACGACGUGUAUGGAGGCCGCGUUUGCCGACUUUGUAGAACUUGGUCACACGAAAGACGACCUGAGAGCCAUAGGCAUCACCAAUCAACGGGAGACCACCAUCGUCUGGGACGGUCGCACCGGCGAGACUCUCCACAACGCCAUCGUCUGGUCAGACACGCGCACGGCGGAUAAGGCGCGUCAAAUCAACGAGCAGGCAACAAGCAAGACGAUAUCUGAUCUCACUGGUCUGCCGGUCUCGACGUAUCCUUCAGCCAUCAAGCUAUCAUGGCUGCUGAAUAACGUCGACGAGGUUCGUCAGGUCUGGGAGGAUGGUCACCUCAUGUUUGGCACCGUGGAUACAUGGCUUGUGUACUGCCUCAAUGGCGGCUCCAAGGCCAAGGAGCCUGUCCAUGUCACCGAUUCGACCAACGCCUCUCGCACCAUGCUUAUGAACCUGAGGACCCUACACUGGGAGGAUAGCAUCAUUCAAACCUUUGGCCUCGACAAACACCCCCUGGGGCUUCCGCGUAUCGUUUCAUCGUCUGAUCCAAACGCCUUUGGCAGUAUUUUUUCCGGUCCGCUGGAGGGUGUUCGUAUCACGGGUUGUCUUGGAGACCAAUCCGCGGCUUUGGUUGGACAAUGUGCCUUUGCACCAGGUCAGGCCAAGAACACUUAUGGCACCGGCUGCUUCCUUCUGUACAAUGUCGGUAAGGAGAGGCCGGAUCUUCGCGGUUCUGGUUCGGGCCUCAUUAGCACCGUGGCAUACGAUUUUGCGACGACGGGUGAGUUUCGCCAGGCAACAUAUGCACUCGAAGGUAGUAUCGCGACAGCGGGAUCAGGUGUCAAGUUUCUGGUCAAGAAUUUGGGUCUCGGCAACGAUGCCCAUGAUAUUAAUGCGCUGGCGAACUCGGUGCCCAAUUCGGGCGGUGUAGUUUUCGUCACUGCUUUUAGCGGCCUGCUUGCACCAUACUGGAUCGAUGAUGCUCGAGGCACGCUUUUCGGUCUCACUCAGUUUACGCAAAAGGGACACAUCGCACGAGCAACUCUCGAUGCCACAUGUUAUCAGGCAAAGGCCAUCCUUGACGCCAUGGCCAAGCAAUCUGCAAGUCAUCUCGACUCUCUCGCCGUCGAUGGCGGUCUGUCCAACUCAGACCUGUGCAUGCAGUCCCAGGCUGACAUCAGUGGCAUUCCCAUUGAUCGUCCGGCCAUGCACGAGAUUACGGCUCUCGGCGCCGCCUACGCCGCCGGCCUCGGCAUCGGUGCUUGGACGAUGGACGAGCUGAUUGCUAUGAACGCACGCAAGCAGGGUACUCGGAGGUUCGAGCCCAACGCGGAGAAGAAGGCUGAAUGCGAAAGGAUGUACCGCAAGUGGGGCCAGGCCGUACAGAUGAGCCGCGGAUGGGCUACGGAUGAGGAUGCGACGGCUAAAGAUGAACAGUCGGCCUCCUCCAGCGAUGAGGAUGCUCCGUUCGACUUGGAGCACAUGAACUAG